CGCCACAAAGGAGGACCUGAGCCGAGAUCGAACACAGAAUCUCUUGCUUGUGAUGCAGACGUGUUGACCACUGCCGCACUGUGCUGCUAAUCUGAAACUCGACUCCGUCGUAAACCAAGGACCGCUCGUAACUUGUUUUCAUUCAUGACGAUGAAGCGAGGACGAAUGUUGCGCCUCUGACGCACGAGGCGGUCGUGCGUCCUGCGCGCGCUCACCACCCCCUCCUCCAUCCCUCACAGCGGCUCUGCUCCACGUGCGCGCUCCCGCGAGCAAGCUGACCUGUUGGAAAUGUUGCGAGGAGCCUGCUAAAUCCGAGCGCUCCCCACGACGUCGAGUGGAAAAAAGUGGACUCGUGCCGGGAAAUAAGGAAAACGAGAGAGGAUUGAAUACUUCUUACGUAACCGAUUCACUUCUUUGAAGCAAGUGAUUCCCUGGCUAGGGCAGGAGCUGCCAUGCCAUUUGGUUGUCUGACGCUCGGGGAGAAGAAGGAUUACAACAAUCCCGCUGAAGUCACCGACAAGUAUGAUCUGGGACAAGUCGUUAAGUCAGAGGAGUUUUGCGAGAUGUUCCGAGCUAAGGAUAGGAACACCCUGAAAAUGUACACCUGCAAAAAGUUCAACAAAAAGGACGGCAGGAACGUGAGGAAAGCGGCCAAGAAUGAAAUCAUGAUCCUCAAGAUGAUAAAACAUCAUAAUAUCCUCCAGCUGGUUGACGCUUUUGAAACAAAGAAGGAAUACUUUAUUUUUCUGGAACUAGCAACAGGCAGGGAGGUAUUUGACUGGAUUUUAGAUCAGGGCUACUAUUCGGAGAGGGACACCAGCAACGUGAUGAGGCAGGUGCUGGAGGCAGUAGCAUAUUUGCACUCUCUGAAUAUCGUCCACAGAAAUCUGAAGCUGGAGAACCUAGUGUACUUCAACCGCUUGAAACAUUCCAAAAUCGUUAUCAGUGACUUCCAGCUCGCAAAACUGGAAAACAGACUUAUUAAGGAUCCAUGCGGGACUCCGGAGUAUCUUGCUCCUGAGGUUGUCGGAAGGCAGAGAUAUGGAAGACCUGUGGAUUGCUGGGCAAUAGGAGUCAUUAUGUACAUACUCUUGUCCGGGAAUCCUCCAUUUUACGAUGACACCGACGAAGAUGACCCUGACAGUCGAGACAAAAACCUCUUCCUCAAGAUUUUGUCGGGAGACUACGAAUUUGACUCGCCAUACUGGGAUGACAUUUCCGAUUCUGCCAAAACUUUAGUGGCGUCUUUGAUGGAGGUGGACCAAGACCAGCGACUGACUGCACAGGAGGCUAUCGCCCAUGAAUGGAUUUCUGGGAAUGCUGCUUCAGAUAAGAACAUCAAAGAUGGCGUUUGUGCGCAAAUAGAAAAGAACUUUGCAAAAGCCAAAUGGAAGAAAGCUGUCAGAGUUACCACUCUCAUGAAGAGGCUCCGGGCAUCCGAGCAGGGGGAUUCCGGAGCUUCCGGAACCGAUGCCGGAGCACCCUCAGGCACUGCUGCUGCUCCAGUAGCAGCAGGCGGUGGCCUUGGCCUUGCCGCCAGCCUAAAGGCAGCUCUUAGUGCAAACGCUCCCGACACACAGACUUCCGCCACGCCCACGGAGCCUCAGCUGAGCACAGCCACAGCCGAGGAGAAGCCGGAGGAACGGUGCAAUGGUGAUGUUCUCUAAAAUAAAAAAGGAGCGGGAAUUAACAUACA